UGAAUCGCAAGUGUGUAGUUUCAACGAGCGGUAGCUAAAGGACAAAUAUUCUUAGCUUUGCUUAAACUUUAUAUUUAAUCUUUUUAUUGUUUAUUUGCUUAUUUACGACUCAAAGUCAUAGUCUUUUAUUCACUGAAAACACCAUCAGUUUAGGAUAUUUAGAACCAACUUGAUGUUGGAUCAGUAGAGCUCGAGAACACGGAAAUGUUUGCUGUAACUGCGUCACUCCGCUCAACUUUGCUGUUUGUUGGUGUCUUCAUGUUUGUAUCCGCAGACCAGAAAAACAUCACAGCUGAGUCUGGACAGAACAUCACUCUGACAUGUCGAGCUCCAAACAACAACAUCAUCUUAGGUGUAGAGUGGAGGAGAGCUGACCUGGGAGAUGAAUAUGUGCUUUCGUACAGAGACAAGCAGUUUGAUCCUGAUGGUCAGCAUCCAUCUUUUAAGAACCGGGUGGAUCUGCAGGACAAACAGAUGAAGGAUGGAGACAUGUCUUUGAUUCUGAAGAAUGUGACAACUGCUGAUAAUGGGACAUACGAGUGUCGCGUCUUCAUGAGAGAAACACGCUCAUGGAAGCUCAUCAGUAUCAUCUACCUGGUUGUUGUUCCUCCAGGUCCGACAGGAGGACACACAGAGGAUGGAGGGAAGGAGGAUGGAGACACAGAGGAUGGAUCUGUUGGACUGAUCAUCGGUCUGAUAGUUCUUGCUUUGCUUCUUGUUGCUGCUGUUGUUGGUUAUAUGUUCUACAGAAAAAGAAAAGAACAACAGAAGCAGGAUUCAUACCAGCCUCCUGAUGAACUGCAGCAUGGAAAUGGCUCAGCUAUUCACACAGAAUCAGAGAAGCCUGCAUUGCUAAAUUAAACAUAAGGAUAAUGUGUGACUGUAGAAACUAAAACGAUAACAUCCAAGUAAAAAACCAGAAGACUCCAGUGUUUCCAAAGAGUUUUUCCAGGAUGGACGACGGUUUGAUAAAUACUUGGGCUGAAAUAACAGAGCGGUGAACAUCAUGCCCGCAAUAUUUUCACUUUGCCUGAAGUAAGACUGAAAAAAAGUGAUUAUAAAACCAAGAAGAACACAAGCUGAGGUCAAGAAAAAUGUCCAAGUCAGCUGAUCGUCUCAGUGUAACAUGUUACGUUCUUUUUAUUUAGAUCUUCUUUGUAUGUGGAACUGUUUGUCCAUGUUUUCAAGAAAAGAAAAGUUACAUAUAUAUUUUAAGAUUUUCUAUUUAUUUUUCACAGAAGGUUUUCAGUUUGACUCUGUUUCUCAAAGCUCAACUUCGACUGAUGUUUAGAAAAAAUAACUGUUUGCUCCCCCUCUGUAUUAAUGAAUUCAGUGUCUUGUAUUUUAUGGAAUCAGAAUCAUUGAAUGAGUGUUAUCUUCAGGUUCAGCAGCUGUUUGUAAGAUCAAAUGGAUCCUCAUGUAUUGAUCAGGUGUUACAGUAUACUUUACGUACUAUAUGAUGGGGCUGGGUUUGUUGUUGAUGCCCUGGAGCAGAUAAACAAAUGAAACAGAGGCUGUUCCCUUUAACAGGAAACAAUAAAUUGGUGGGUGGAAAGUUGUUUUGAUGUGCUCAAACAAAUUUAAGCAAAUUUAAUGAUGUUUCUUGUGAACUAAAAUGGGAUUUUAAUGGAGAACAGAGAACAGAUUUUUCAGGGGUUUUUAAAUAAUGGAGGUGAGAUUGAAGUUGUAAUUCUAUUUCUAGAAACAAGUAAAAAUUCAAUUUUGAGAAAAAAAGGAUGAGAUAUUUCUGCCACAGCUGCUAUACUCUCUACAAAACUUUAUGUAGGUGACUUAGUGAAACAAAUUGAUCCGUCAUCUUGUGAUACAACAUGCAUCCUCUUUAUCGCACAAGGGUGUAACCAUCGAUAACCCUUUAUCUAUCUACUGCCAGCCAUUUCAUUUUAUACAAAUCUCCAUCUGACCACAUGCAUCUUUUAACACAAUCUUUUCAAAGUUCUUAUACCGAUCACCACACUGUGUUUGUGCACUAAAAAAGAGACCAGUUCCAUCCCUAUGACUAAAUCUGAUUCUGAAAUCACUAACUCAGAGGUUCUAGCAAUCGUGGCAGUUUGUCUGAAAACACAACUAUAAUCUUCACAUAUUGAAUGUAUUCUCAAAAUGAUUAAUAUUUUUUUAAUGUGAUCCAUAAUACUUCAUUAUAGGUUGGACCAAGAAAGCACUGCAUCUGCAUACAAUGGUUUUCACUUUUAUGUUUGUUGUACAUAUUCAGAGUAGUUCCUGUUGCAUGGAAACCUAAGCAAAGAGAGGAUUUGUCAGUCUCUGACCUCAUAAUCAAAUCCCUGAUUUUCACUGAUGACGUGUUCCAGGAGGCUGUCCCCCAAAAGGGACAUCUGAGCUGUUAGGACUCAGUGGAAAGAUUAUCUCUCUCUCCCCAAAAGCUUAUUCCAGAUCAUUGAGCAUGCACCAAGACUCUGUUGGCCUGGGAGCAACUGUUCCCCCAUUAACUGUCCUACUGUUAUGUUGUUUAGGAGAGUAAAGGAAACAGAACAGAAAUUACUUCUUACUCUUGAAUCUGUUUAUACAGGGAGUGCAGAAUUAUUAGGCAAAUGAGUAUUUUGUCCACAUCAUCCUCUUCAUGCAUGUUGUCUUACUCCAAGCUGUAUAGGCUCUAAAGCCUACUACCAAUUAAGCAUAUCAGGUGAUGUGCAUCUCUGUAAUGAGAAGGGGUGUGGUCUAAUGACAUCAACACCCUAUAUCAGCUGUGCAUAAUUAUUAGGCAACUUCCUUUCCUUUGGCAAAAUGGGUCAAAAGAAGGACUUGACAGGCUCAGAAAAGUCAAAAAUAGUAAGAUAUCUUGCAGAGGGAUGCAGCAGUCUUAAAAUUGCAAAGCUUCUGAAGCGUGAUCAUCGAACAAUCAAGCGUUUCAUUCAAAAUAGUCAACAGGGUCGCAAGAAGCGUGUGGAAAAACCAAGGCGCAAAAUAACUGCCCAUGAACUGAGAAAAGUCAAGCGUGCAGCUGCCAAGAUGCCACUUACCACCAGUUUGGCCAUAUUUCAGAGCUGCAACAUCACUGGAGUGCCCAAAAGCACAAGGUGUGCAAUACUCAGAGACAUGGCCAAGGUAAGAAAGGCUGAAAGACG